AUCCGCGAAGAAACAUUCAAUUCGAAUUAGGUUUUCGUUUUCAAUCCAAUUCACUAGGGUUCCAUGGCGCUCAUCUCUCCCCAAACCCUAGCCUUCUCCUCUCCUCGAUCAAGCUUCUGCCCUUCUCCGUCACGUUCUACGGUCAAUUUGAGCUCGCCCUUCGCUCAAUCCAUUGCCCGAAAGGCGCCGGUGAGAACGAUCUCCGGGACGAGGUCUUUGACGGAGCGCUCAAUGGCUUCUUCGGUUUCUGGGUUUGAUUCUAGUGUCUUGGAUGCUCUUGGUGAUGUUAGCAUCCUCUCUGCCGCCACCGAUGAGCCGGUCUUCUUCCGGGAUUUAUGGGAUCAAAACGAGGGAGUGGCUGUUGUUGCACUUUUGAGGCAUUUUGGAUGUUUCUGCUGCUGGGAGCUUGCUUCUGUCUUGAAAGAAGCAAAUCCAACCUUUGAUUCAUCUGGCGUUAAACUAAUUGCUGUUGGUGUUGGGACCCUUGAUAAAGCUCAUAUUCUUGCUGAACAGCUUCCAUUUCCAUUGGAUUGCCUUUAUGCAGAUCCAAAUCACAAGGCUUAUGAUGUCCUAGGCCUAUAUUAUGGUUUGGGCCGCACAUUCUUCAAUCCAGCCAGUGUGAAAGUAUUUUCAAGAUUCGAAUCUAUCAAGAAAGCAUUAAAGAACUAUACAAUUGCUGCCACUCCAGAUGAUAAAAGCAGUGUACUACAGCAAUUCGUGAUAUACUAUUACAUUUCAGGGUGGGAUGUUUGUGUUUAAAGGGAAGCAGCUGUUAUAUGCUAGGAAAGAUGAAGGUACUGGCGAUCACGCACCUCUGGAAGAUAUCCUCAACAUCUGCUGCAAAACUCCAGUUCCAUAAACAUUGAAUGUGAAUAAGCCAUUAUAGAUCACAAUAAGUCAAACUUCAAAAUCAAAGGUAACGUUUGUAAAACCGUUGGUAUUCUGUCAACACUGAAUGCGUUGAUUAUGUCAACACUGAAUGCGUUGAUUAUAAAUAAAUAAAUAUAUGUAUUAUAUGCCA